UUUGCCCGCGGACUUGAACGCAACACAUUCGUGUCAAAAAAAUAAAUAUUAAACUCGGGCAACAACUUGUAGUAAAUUACGAAUUAAUUGAAGAAUCCAUUGACAAAAUAGCAAGUGAUUUGUGACUUUAUUGUAUUGACAUAAAAGCGGAUUUACAUUGAAUUGUUGAAUGUUACGUUUGGUACCAGUGUUUCUUUAUCUAGUUGCGCAUUGAAGUGAAAAUGAGUGGUACAAUAGUUUGUAAUACUGAUAUUUCAGGACAUCAACCACAGCGCAACCGUUUCCGGCGAACCGCGAGCAGGCUCUGCAGUGUCGACUCUUGGAAGAGACGUGUGCCCAUAACAAUAUGGCUGCCGAAGUACUCCUGGGAGUACCUACUCAGGGACAUGAUUGCUGGAAUAACAGUUGGUCUGACGUCAAUACCCCAAGGUAUAGCAUAUGCAAUCGUCGCCGGGGUCCCAGCCCAAGUAGGUCUCUACUCCAGCAUCUUCCCUGGUCUAGUCUACAUGGUGUUCGGUAGCUGUAAAGAUGUGACAGUGGGCCCCACCGCCAUUUUGGCGGCGCUGUUGUCCAAAUACGUCGCCAAGUCGGUAGAUUUCGCGUAUUUAGCCGCCUUCCUGUCGGGCUGCCUCAUUUUGUUGCUUGGAGUGCUACAGUUGGGGUUCCUGCUAGAUUUUAUAUCGAAACCGGUUAUAAGCGGAUUCACGACGGCUGCAGCUUUGCAGAUCGGGGCCGCGCAGCUUAAAACACUGUUCAGGAUUUCAGGGUCAUCAGGCGACACGUUUAUAUCAGCGUUGGUCAACUUCUUCAAACACAUAGCUACAAUUACACUGUGGGACACGCUGCUCGGCUUGCUGUCUAUCGUUACAUUGUUGCUACUCAAAAAAUCCAAAAUCACAGUUACCGAUUCGUCGCCAAGAUGGCGGGUGGUGACUUCACGAGUGUUCGUCUAUCUGGUGCGGGCCAGAAAUGCGAUUGUUGUCUUCAUAGCGGCUAUAGUGGCUUUUAUUUUGAAGGUUAAUGGAUUAACUCCCUUUGCACUUACUGGUAAAAUCGAAGGCGGUUUGCCACGCUUCGGGCCCCCACCUUUCAGCACUGUAGUUGGCAACACCACGAUUAAUUUCGAAGAAAUGCUGUCAGUUUUCGGAGUUGAGGGGUUGGUGAUGCCGUUGGUCGCCAUUUUGGAGAGCAUAGCUAUAGCCAAGGCUUUUGCCGGCAGCAAAACGGUGGACAAUACACAAGAAAUGAUAGCGAUCGGUGCUUGCAACAUGCUGUCGUCAUUCUGCCAGAGCAUGCCGGCCACGGGCUCCUUUACCAGAACCGCUCUGAACCACGCCAGUGGGGUUUUAACGCCAGCUGGAUCGUUUUUCAAAGCAAUGCUAGUCUUGCUGGCUGUAACCCAGCUAUCCAGUGCCUUCUACUUCAUCCCCCGGGCUGCCCUGGCGGCCAUCAUCAUGGUGGCGAUGAUGUCCAUCAUCGAGCUAACCAUAGUCAAGACUCUGUGGAGAAACUCCAAAAUGGAGCUGACCGUCUACCUGAUCACACUGUGUGUUGGGGCUCUAGUGGGCUUGGAGUACGGCAUCCUGGCUGGGGCCGCAGCAGAUGCUCUACGAACUUUACACUCUGCAGCCAGGCCUAGGAUACACGUCACGCAGUUCAAGGUCGGGAACCAAGACUGUAUAACUCUCACACCACUGGGCGUGCUAUCAUACGCCUGCGCAGAGUACAUUACUCAAGCGAUGAAGAAACACGCCUAUCUUCAUACGCAACUAGUCGUGUUGGACGGAAGACAUCUCCAUUCCAUUGAUAUAGGAGUGGCAGAGAAUCUAUUAACUGUGAUAUUAGACUUAGAGCAGCAACAACACAGGUUUCUUCUGUGGAAUUUCUCAGAACGACAUCAGAAACUAUUCCAGGAAUUGAAUCCAGACUUUCACGAUCGUUUUGUGAACGGGCCUAGUAUAGACCAACAUGUUUUAGGUCUCGACUUAAUCAGAAGAGGAAAUAAUUUGAAUUAGUGCCAUUCUAAGUAUUCAGUGAUUCAUGUUUGAUACGUACACUAUGUUUAUUUUGUAUUUUAUUACAAAAUAAGUACUUGGUCUAAAAGUUUACAAGUUACCAUUACACUUACUCAUAUUAUCAAGAGAAAAUGACACGAAAUCGUGCGUAACUUGAUAAGAAAUUAAGAAAAAACCUUUUUUGUAGAUUUAAUUUCUAUAUUAAUCCAAGUUGUACAAUUCGGCUUCAUACCGCGUCAUAGAGUAAUGUGCUGGGUAACUUGAUAUGCGGUUGACUGUACUUUUUCAUAGUCACACGUAUAUUUCUUACUACUUAUGCAGUAAGUUGGUUCAAGUUAUUUGGAAGCGAGCCUUCCAAUAGUGAGUUCUUGCAUUCCAAUAGUUAGUUCAAUUGAAUAAAAGAAAUAGUCAAUAGUUUAAGGAUCACCUAAUAAUAAAAUUAUAUUUUUAGAUAUAAAUAGUAUAUUGCUAUAUUUUCGGGAUAUAAAUUUAAAAAUUAUUAUUUGGUAUAAUUAAAAAUUAUUUUUAUUUGUACUUAUUUUUAAAUGAACAUUGUAUAAAUAGGUACCCAUGUCCGACGGUUUUCGAACGACCAAUAUAAUGUGACAUUUUUUAAAUUUAAUUUUGUUGAUUUUUAAAUUACUUAUCUCAUUUUUUUAAGAUUAUCUUAAUACUAUGUUAAGGUCAUCUUAAUUAGUUAAAUUUUCGUUAUGGAACUAAAAAUAAAAAGAAAAAAUUUUUUCUGUGACUAAUUAUUGCAAGAUUUUUUGUUUGAGUUUGUAAUUAAAUGUUUGCGAAAUGAAGUCAAAUUGAUUAAGUGAAAAUAAAAUUAAGUACUUAAUUACCAUAAUUCUAUUUUUAAAAAGUCUUAAAAUAUGAAUCCAUAUGUUUCCGCUUAACCGUUCUAGAAUUUGAAAAUGCAUUCAUUUGAAAGGUAAGAAUGAUAGUUUUAGGCCACUUAAACAUUUUUUUCAAACUAGGCAAGAGCUAGUUGUGAAUAAAUUAUAUUCAUUAUAAUUAAAUAUAAUUAUUAGUAACGAAUAAUAUAUAUUCAUUAAUAAGUUUUGCCCGCGGUUUCAGGACAACACUUUUUACUUGAUUAAUAGUACUCCAUGUCGAUUUUAGUACUCUUAAUUAUGCGUUAAGAUUUAUUCACAGCAAAUAUUUUUUUAAAGUUAAUUGUUAUAAUGAUUCCAAGAAUUUUUUAUUACUAUUAAGUAUAUCUACAUUGUGAUAUAUAAAUAUAGGGAUAACAUGAUCAAAUCAGCGUUAAUACCAAAAUAUCAUUGUUUUGUACUUACGUUGAAAUUCUAUUAAAAUUAUUUGAAAGUUA